AUGGAAGCAGACGAAUCCUUCAAUCCUGAUCAGACUGACAUUCCAGCGGUCGGAACUCCGGAGCACCAUGGUCAGCAACAUAUUACAUCCCAGGAAUCUGAGGCCGAGAAAGAGGAGGUCUCGCCUCUCACACGUCGACUUCUGAAGCGGCAUCAAAUUGACAGUGAGGUCGAUGAGGAUUGGAACUCUGAAGACGAUUCCGACCAGUCAGCUGAAGACUUCAAUUCGCUCAAACGCCCAGCUGGUGACGAGGAAGAAGUACCCAGGCCCUUCAAGCGCCAGAAAGGCACAUUGAAUCCCGGCUAUCUUGACGUAUUGAAUCGAGACAUAGAGGAUGCCGCAUAUAGUGCCACUCUAGAGGACGAUGAUAAUCUCAAGUCCUCCCAGUUAGGGCUCGUUUGGUGGACAAGAGCAGAGAAGAGAGUCUUCUAUGAGGCCGUUGCAAGACUCGGGCGGGACAACCUUGAGCAGAUCUCGGCUAGGAUCGGGAGCAAGAGCGUUGUCGAAGUCCACCAGUACAUCGAUUUGCUGGAAAAGGAGCAAGAAUCUCGGCGCAGGUCCAAUCUGCGCUCAGUCAUCGAAAUUUCGGAGUACCCAGCGGCAGUUGAGCUAAGCCAGCAGUGCUGCCAUGCCCUUGAUGAGGCUGCCGAUGCGAUAUCGCUAAGGCAGGAGGCUCGAGAGCAGCAGCGGGAGGAAACCAAAUGGGGCGAGAUUUGGAAUCUGACACCGCAAAUAGUGAAAAGUCUGGAAGGUGGUGCGAAAGAGCAGAAUCCUGCCGAUACCCAACUCGCUUCUCUCCAGCUCUUCGACGUGCCCCAGUGGCUUCAGCUCUCCCGGCGCGUCUUCAUGAACUCUUCCAUACCAAGUAAUAACUGGGAGUACAUUGACGACAACCUGCCCUCGAUAUGGGCCACCACCAUUGAAGAUUUCUACUCCCUCGCGCUAUCCAUAACAAGAAGGCUGGUUCAAACAACAAUAUUUACUAGCAUGGCAAGGAUCAGAGCAAGACUCGAAAUGCGGCCAGAAACCCGGAACGUGAUCCUGCGUAGGGAUGUGGAAGUGGCAGUAGAGUCACUCGGCCUAGCUUUCAAUUCCAAAGAGUUCUGGAGGAAGAGUGCAAGGAGACUACGCCUCGAGGUUUACAAGGAUGCUCCUCAAGGAAAUGAAGACGAAGAAUCAUGCCCCAUGCUCUAUGAAGAGGUUGAACAGGAACUGUCGGUAUCAUCCACAGAUAUACAGGUCUUGCCUGAGCCUGAUAAUGACCGGAAGGGUUCGGAUGUUCUAGAUGCACUAGACACGGACGAGUCGGACAGCGAGGUUGCAUUGGGCUCAUCAGAUGAAGAAGAAAGGGCUGUCAAACAAGAGCUCAAUGAAGUGCUCCGAUUCUCUGCAGCCGACCUUCCAGAGACACUGACGUUGCGUCAGUCAUUGAAAACCAGAAUUGAGACAGAACGCAAACAAGAACAAUACGCCGAACGUUGCGACGGGCACGAAAGCUACAAAGCUGAAAUCGAACUCUGGGAUCUCUUACAAGUGAAGCUCCCAAUGAGUAUACUCAAGAUGCCAGAUCCUGGACAAUCACAGAAAUCAACACUGGAACUAGAGAGCAUGUACCCGCUAGGGAGAGACUGGAGAAGUCGCACUAAGUAUUGCAGCGAAUGGGAGCAGGAGUCAACUGCGAAGGAUUCCUGA